AUGCACUUGGUAAGAUCCCUCAAGAACAAUGCCAUGUCCAACGUCAAGGGUCCCAAAGAUCCGCGACGGGUGUACACACACGAAGACUACAACGGGCCGAACAACCCCGAUCCAUCCAAGCCGAACCUCAAGGACACAAGACAUCGACGAACAAGCAUGAGCCAUGCCCGAGCGAUCAACAAACGAAGAACGAGCCAAAUCGCAGGGCAUGGCUCGACGGACACAACCGUCUCGCGCCUCUCCUUGCCCGGGGAGGUGCGGGGCGAUGGGGUUUUUAGUGGGUAUGGGCCGGAGCGCGUCGACUCCCAAUUCUCUAAGUGCACUACCUGUCGGCGCGCGAUGACGGUCGAGUCCUACACUGUUCUCCCGCAACAGGAGUUCGUGCGCAGCCGCAUUUUCCCCGGAGGAAACGAGCGUGCGCCUCCUCUGCUGGGAGGCGCCUCGUUGUAGCCGAGCAGCCCUCCGCAAAAAAAAAAAACUCUUGCACUUGCACUGACGUUUGAGUGUGCCGCGUGUACGGUGAGUGACAUGCCUCGUCUCUGCAUCUUCCAUAGUGUCUUAUGCGAUUAACGUUUGCUCAACGCGCCUUCACACGAGGCAGGUACUCCAUCAAGCCGGUACAUCAACUGCCCAUGCAGACGGCGCGCGACAUGUUCGAGAGCGAAGGAUAACAUCGACUGCGCUGAGCGUCGAGGGUGGCAGAGACGAUUACGACCUGCACGACGGGCGGGGUUGGUGUUCGCUUGUGAUAUAUAGUAGACUGUAGUAAAGAUUGGGUCGUAGGGACUUGUUGCAAGCCAUGGAAGCGCAGAUGCGCGUUGCGACACGAU